AUGAAGUUAAUUUUUUUGUUAUUGACAAUCGGCCUGACCGGCAGUGAGGCUAGCAAUUGCUGCAAACAUGGCGUUGUUGAAGACGCCGGGAAUUUCUGCGUGGAUGUGUUAACUAACCAAACUUCACCGACGAACCUCACGUGUCCUCAUGUUGAUACAUUGUCAUUAAUACUGUUCAACUACACAGUCAGUGAGGAUUCUCUUAUAUUGACAUUAAACGAGGAUCUGGUUGUUGAACUAGAACGUGAUAAUUUUUGUGUAUCAAAUGGCACGAGGUUUUCUGAUGAUCCUGUGGCCGUGAUAUGUUCAGAAGUGGAAGAGAAAAUCUUGGAGGAGAGCGUCUACGGGUACUGCAUGAUAGUAUCAGUUGUAUUUCUGGUCAUCACAGUGAUUGUGUACAGCAUACUACCCAAGUUGAGAGAUCUUCUAGGCAAGAGUAUUAUAAACUUCUGUGCAAGUCUCGCGAUCGGUCUCAGUACAUUGGCUAUCAUGAACAUCAUGGAAUAUUCUGAUUUAAAAUGGUGUGCUGUGAGAGGAUUCCUCGCAUAUUUCUUUAUUCUGGCCACCUUCUUCUGGUCAAACUCUAUAUCCAUACAAAUAUUGCGGAGUUUAGAUCGGCCAACUUCAAUCGACUACAGUUGGAAAUCGUUUUUGUGGUACGCGCUUUACGCCUGGGGAUGUCCUACAAUCCUUACUGUAAUUCUGGCUAUAGUCAAUUUCACACCUGGGAGACAUCGAAAACCUGGCAUAGGAUUGAAUACGUGCUGGUUUUUUGAUCACAAACAACAAUGGUAUUACAUGUACAGCGUGAUGACAAUACUGAUUGUCAGCAACAUGGUCAUAUUUAUGUACAUAUCGCUGAGUCUCUGGCGGCAUACCUUCGCAUCCACACACAUAAAGGCGCUUAAAUACAAAUUCUGGAUGACAGUAAGAAUGUUUAUAGUUAUGGGACUGGCGUGGAUAUUUGAAAUGAUCAGCUCUUUAAGCAAACCCCAUAUAAUAUGGGUGAUACUGGACUUCUUCAACUUACUGCAAGGAUUAUUAUUAUUUUUGGUACUCGUUGUAUUUCGGAAGCGUGUUAUUAAGGAGCUGUAUAAUAAAGGAUGGUUGGAAUGCGUAGCUGGGUGUGUAGAACGCCAUCUAGCGGUGGGAGAUGACGAGGAAGAUGUAGUCGAACACACGAUAGGUGUAGCGCUUGAGGAGAAAUGA